UUAAGUUUCAGUGGAAAUCAGGAUCUUUUUUGUAUAACCAAAACCUGCACUCUCGAUCAGCACCCUCGUGAAUGAUUUCACCCUGCAUGUUUACAAGGGCUGCACAGAUUCUCAGGAUUUUGUCCAUUUUGUGCGCUAAGUUGAUUGGUACUGUCUGGGGGAUAAUUUUGAAAACUUUCUGCCCCGGAUGACUCUUUCUGCAUGUAUGUGGACAUUUGCAAUUCUUCUUGCGGCCGUUACAUCCUCAUCAGACAACCGUCCUCCUUUACGAGUGAAUGCAGGUAGAACAAAUUUAACUUUUCUCUCAAACAGCAAAUCUCUGAUGGGAAAACCUCUGUCUGCCAUCACUUCAUCACCAGGACGAAGAUACUCCAGGAGCCCAGACUCCUGAUUGAUGAACUUGUCACUACACUUAUAGAAGGAGAAAUGAACAUAACAAGUCCACAAGGGGCAAUAGCAACUAAAACAAAACCAAAAACAAAACAGGCAACUUUCUCUGGACUAUUUGAAAAGAAGAUGGAACCACAUUUAGAUUUCAACUCAUUCAUUUUUUAGUACAUAAAGACUAACAUGCUUUUUUCCUCUUUCAGAAAGGAAAUAAAGAAGAUAUUUGGCCUGAAAGUGAAGAAGAAGAAAAAGAAAGAAACUGCCGACUUGGUCCUGGCAAACAAAGGAGCCAUGGACAGUGAGGUGGAGACUUUCUCUGAAGCAUCUGUCCUACAGGAAGGGGAAAUCCCUGAGGAUCAGCCUCUCCGCAGAAGAGUAAAACCAAACACAAAGAGGGCCAAACUUCAAACUCGCAUUCAGGACAGUGAAGGGAAACCAGAGAGCUUCCAGAUCGCCAUUAACAUCACAGAAGCCAGGCAGCUUGUGGGGGAAAACAUAGACCCCAGCGUGGUGAUUGAGAUUGGUGAUGAGAAGAAACAGACAUCCGUCAAAGAAGGAACCAAUGCUCCAUUUUACAAUGAGUAUUUCGUGUUUGAUUUCUUUGCCCAUAAAGAUGUCUUCUUUGACAAAAUCAUCAAGCUGACGGUGGUUCACUCAAAGAUGCUGAAGACAUUCUUUGUGGGGUCCUUUAAGCUAGACGUUUGGACCAUCUACAAGCAGCCAGGUCAUCAGUUCAUUAAUAAGUGGGCAGUAUUGACCAAUCCUGGGGACAUUAGCACUGGUGUCAAAGGGUAUGUUAAAUGCGACAUCAGUGUCUCAGCAAAGGGUGAUGCCAUGCAACCUGGACCAAAAGCAAGUGAUGCUGAAGAGCAGAUAGAAAAGAACCUCCUGAUCCCAGAGGGGCUUCCCUCUGAACGGCCGUGGGCCCGUUUCUGUGUGAAGGUGUACCGAGCUGAAGGCCUCCCUCGAAACAACUCAAGCAUUAUGGCCAAUGUCACAAAGGCCUUUAUAGGAGACAACACAGCACUCAUCGACCCAUAUGUUGUUGUCAGCUUCUUCAAACAAGUGGGUCGCACAUCCACUCAGAAGUCCUCAGCAGACCCGGUGUGGAACGAGCAGAUUGUCUUCACUGAGAUGUUUCCUCCUUUGUGUCAGAGAUUAAAGAUCCAGGUCUGGGAUGAGGGAAGCAUGAAUGAUGUUGCCAUAGGAACCCAUUACUUUGACUUAAGACGUAUCUCCAAUGAACAAGAUGGUGACAAAGGGUUUUUACCAACGUUUGGCCCUGCUUGGAUUAACCUGUACGGCUCAGCUCGAAACUUCUCCUUGGGUGAUGACACAGGGGAACUUAAUGAGGGCAUUGGCGAGGGAGUUUCCUUCAGGGGUAGGGUCUACUUAGAGCUAGCGGUGGAGAUCAUGUCAGGAGGCACGGGUUCAGAGUCCAAACUCAGUCGGAUGAUCAAACCUGUGAAAGACGCAAAAGCAGGGAAAACUGGUGGGAAAGAUGGAAAGACUCCUGCUGGAGGAGGAGCAGGAGGAGGGACAGGGGCUGCUGAUGAUGACAAAGGCAAAGCUGGGGCACCAGAGGUCCAGCCUGUUGAUCCCCCUCCUGUGCCAACUGAAGAUGACUAUGAGUCCUUCCUACUGUUUGGCACAUUGUUUGAGGCCACCAUGAUUGACCGAAAGAUUGGAGACAAGCCCAUCAGCUUUGAAUUUUCCCUUGGUAAUCAUGGCAAUGUCUUGGAAUCUCAAGGCCAGCCAAGUACAGCCAGUCCUGCUGUGGUCCGAAGGAGAAAGGCACUUGACAUCCCGGACAGCAGUGACACGUUUGGCUCCUCUCCUCUCAGCUCCUCCCCCACCAGUUCAUCCUCACCCCUCCUAUCCAAAGAACCAUCUGAGACAUGUGUAGCCUCUAAAUCUACUACACCUCCAGAGAGACCACUCAAUGUUGAAGGAAAUAGACAAUACAUGUAUUUGCCUCUGGAGAAGAAGCCCUGUGUUAAUCUGAUGAGCUACUGGGAAGACAGAACCUACCGGCUGUACAAUUCAAAUAUGCUGGAGAAUAUAGCUAUACUGUUUGAGGAGAGUGUGUCUAUUGCUGCCGAGCUUCACAAGAAGUCGGACCCAGCAGCUGAGCAGACUUUAAGAAUUGGGCUCAAAGAUUUUUGUUUCGAUGCCAGGAAUUUCAUCGCCACUGCAGAGGCCAAACUGAAGGCAGAGCUGAAGAGUAGCUACCUGACACUGCUGGACAAGAAACGUCUGACCAUGUGCAAACAGGAGCUGGAGAGUAUGAUAGGAGAGGCUGAGUCAGUAGGUGAGAGGAAGAGAACAGCUGGAGGAGUGAAAGAAAUGCUGCAAGAAGCAACUAAGCUAACACAAAAACUGCGUUUCCUUGUGGAGGAGCCCCAACACACAGUGCCAGACAUGUUUGUGUGGCUGCUUAGCAACAACAAACGUGUUGCAUAUGCCAGAGUUCGAACCAGAGACCUGCUAUACUCCAGCAACCAGGAGGCCAGAGGAAGCCUUUGUGGGAAGAUAUUAACACUGUAUCUGAAGCCUCCAGGAAAGCGGCCUGCAGGACUGUCAGUUCAAGCCAAGCUGGAUGUAUAUCUUUGGUUUGGUACUUGCUCAGACUCCAGCCAUAUGCUGGAUGACCUGCCUGCAGGGUACACACCAAGCACGGGGGGCAUUGAUGCCAAAAGCCCUCCUUUAUACUUGCUUUGCACAGAGCAGCAAACGUUCCAGCUGCGGUGCCACAUGUAUCAGGCUCGUGGUCUGAUCGCUGCUGACAACACAGGCCUGUCAGACCCAUUCGCCAGAGUCACAUUUCUCUCCCACAGCCAAAUCACCAAUAUCAUUAGCCAGACUCUCAGUCCUACAUGGAAUCAGUGUUUGCCAAUGAGCCACCUUCUGCUAAGUGGAGACCUACAGUACAUCCAGGAGGAGCCUCCACAUGUUGUUGUCGAGGUGUACGAUGAUGACGCUCUGGGAAAAGCAGAGUAUCUGGGAGCGACAGUAGCGAUCCCUGAAGUGCGCUUGGCCUCUGAACCCUAUGUACCCCCCACCCUGCAGUACAGCCCACUUCACUGUGGCAGCCAGCCAGGAGGAGACCUGCUGGCUGCAUUUGAACUUCUGCAGAUUUCAGAGUCUGGCCAGGGUAGCCUGCCAGAUUUAGAAGAACAAGAAGGAGGCAUCUAUGCUGUUCCUGCCAACAUCAGGCCUGUUCUCAGCACCUACAGGCUGGAGGUUUUGUUCUGGGGAUUGAGGGAGCUAAAGAAGGUGCAGCUCCUGUCUGUGGAUCGGCCUCAGGUGUUCAUAGAGUGUGCAGGUAAAACUCUGCGUUCCUCAGUCAUCCAGAAGUACAAGUCCAACCCAAACUUCACCACACCAGUUGAUGCCAUAGAGCUGGAGUUACCAGAAAACGAACACCUCCAUCCUCCUCUUAGUAUCACAGUUGUUGAUUGGCGGGCCUUUGGGCGCAGCACACUUGUUGGAAACCACAUUAUCAACAACCUCAAGGCCUUCAAGUACACUCCACCUCCUCCUCAUGCAGUUCAUUCACACAAACCAUCUCAGGUCACACUCACCCCAGGACCUCCCCUGACACCAGAGCUGCACCGAGCUGAGGGGCUGUCUCAGGAUGCAGUAGAGACCUGUUCAACCGUGGCUCUAACUAAUCAGGACUUCCUAAUUACUGUGGAGGAGGAAGCACAACCACCUCCAGCUCCUCCCACACCAAAGCCAGAACCCAAGAAGAAAAAGGUAAGCAGCUCAAAGAGCAUGCGCAGGUCCACUAAGAGGAGGAGGCGUACCAUUGCUGAUGAAUCUGCAGAGUCUGUUAUUGACUGGUGGUCCAAAUACUAUGCAUCUGUAGACAAACAGGUCAACCAGAAGGAUGGCAUUCAAUUACCCAGUGUAUUUGAGAAAGCUUCACCAUACCACAGCUUGCUCAGCGAUGGAAUAGACUCGUUGGUCAGCAGCCAGUCAGAGGGAGACAAGAAGAAGAAACAGAAAGGAAAGGGGACAGUGGAGCUUAGCUCUACCUUACCUACUAAAAUAGUGAGACUUCAGCUAUACAACAAGGAGCUGGAGGCAGAGUUUGGGCCAUUUGAUGAUUGGGUUAGCACCUAUGAGUUGUUCCGGGGUAAGGCCAAUGAGGAGGAGGGAACAUCGCAUGAGAGGUUUGUUGGGAAGUUCAAGGGUCGAUUCUGCCUCUAUAAGCUGAGUGAUGAUGAGGUAGAGGACGGGGAUGAUGUCAUCGACACAGGCCACUUCAGGGUGAACAGAGGAAUCCCCCAAAACACUUCAGUGCAAGUCCUCAUCCGGGUUUAUAUCGUCUCUGCAUCCAACCUGCAUCCAGCUGAUCCAGAUGGGAAGGCUGACCCUUACAUUUUUCUUCGCCUUGGGAAAAAUGAAAUCAAAGACAGAGACAAUUACAUUCCAAAACAACUAAACCCUGUUUUUGGAAGAUCCUUUGAGAUGCAAGCCACAUUUCCUCAGGAGUCUCUGCUGUCAGUGCUGAUUUAUGACUAUGACCUGGUAGGAGGCGAUGACCUGAUUGGAGAGACUCGUAUUGAUCUGGAAAACCGAUUUUACAGCAGACACAGGGCCACAUGUGGACUCCCUACCGAGUACAGUCUAGGAGGUUACAAUGCCUGGAGAGACAGUCUGAAGCCAUCAGAACUGUUGUCAAAUCUAUGCAGAGACAACGGCGUGGAUGGUCCUCAUUUUAGUCCAGGACGCAUCAUUGUGGCUGACAAAGUCUUCACAGGCAAGACGCUCUUCAUGCAUGAAGAUGAGCCGGUGGAGUCCUACGAGCACUUGUCACUCAAGAUUUUGCACCGCUGGGCUGAGAUCCCAGUUGUGGGAUGCAAACUAGUACCAGAACACAUCGAGACCAGAACUCUGUACAACAAGGCUCGGCCUGGAAUGGAUCAGGGUCAGGUCCAGAUGUGGGUGGACAUGUUCCCAAUGGACUUACCACAUCCAGGACCCCCAGUGGACAUUUCUCCCAGAAAACCAAAAGGGUAUGAGCUGCGCAUCAUCAUCUGGAAUACAGAAGACGUGAUUCUGGAAGACUCCAACUUCCUGACGGGUCAGCAGUCCAGUGAUAUCUACAUCAAAGGCUGGCUGAAAGGUUUAGAAGAUGACAGACAGGAAACUGACGUGCACUACAACUCUCUUACUGGAGAGGGCAACUUCAACUGGCGCUUUGUGUUCCCCUUCAACUACCUGCCUGCUGAGAAGGUCGUGGUGGUGAAGAAGAGAGAUCACAUUUUCUCUCUAGAUAAAACCGAGCAGAAACUUCCUGCCAUCCUCAUCCUGCAGGUCUGGGACUUUGAGACGCUCUCCUCAGACGACUUCCUAGGAACGUUGGAGUUGGACCUCCAUGGAUUCCCCCGUGGAGCAAAAACAGCUAAGUCGUGUAAGGCUGACAUGUUAUCAGAAGUGACAGACAGAAUCUCCAUCUUCCAGCAGAAGAGAGCUCGAGGCUGGUGGCCUUUCAGCAAGUCUGGAGAGCUCACGGGAAAAGCGGAGGCAGAGUUCCAUCUUGUGACAGCUGAAGAAGCUGAGAAGAACCCUGUUGGUAAAGCUCGGAAGGAGCCAGAACCAUUGCCCAAACCAAACCGUCCAGACACUUCCUUCUCAUGGUUUGUGAACCCUUUCAAGUGUUUCUUCCACUUGGUGUGGCGUAACUACAAGAAGUACAUCAUCAUCGCUCUGGUCCUGCUGAUCACUGUGUUGUUCCUCGCCCUGCUGUUCUACACUUUACCAGGAGCCAUCUCUCAGAAGAUUAUCAACGGAUAGUAUUGGUUGGACCUGCAGUUUUGGAUCGACCCUUUAAAUGAUUAUUUUUACCUUUCAUCUGACAAAACAAUAUGAUAGAAAACAAAAAUAUAAAGCACUACGUACAUGCACUAGUAAAUGUUAUAUGUAAACAUACGUUUCAGCCCCCUGUCGCUCUAACUUGUAUUGUAAAAGUUUAAGCUACCAAUGUCUCAAAAACCUACAGGCAGAAAAUCCAGUUUGACUGCCAAUCUAGUUUAGAGACACCUGAGAGAGCAGGAUGUAUUCUUUUUAAGUAUCUUGAUAACAAUUGCAUAAUAAAAGUUAAAAACCAAUUUGCUGGAAAAUCUGCUACAGUAAAAUAAAUGAUUCUUACCUUUG